AUGCCCAAUUUGGGCGCCCAGCGCCAACAAUUUCGGCACUCCUUGCUUCUUCAAAACGAGUCAACCAAGGGAUAUGAACAAAGAAGCAGCGUGGCUGAGAGGUUUGAGCGUUCAAGUCCACACCUAACCGCUAGCUGAAUUUGUUUACGGUAGUCUCGAGUUCAAAUUUAAACCCUCCGCCAUGCUUGUAAAAUAGCUAACUGGUCUACUUCCUAUCAGUUGGGAUUCUUAACCAUCUCACAUUCCAUUUGAAGUAUUUUUUCAUUAUCCCAUUGAAAAGCUCUGUAAGAGAAGAUGAUGACCAUGUCCUGUGUCCCUGAUUAAGCUUGCAAAAGCAAGAACAUUACAAAACGGAGCGUCACCCUAUGUUAACGUAAUUCUUAUUUUUAAUGUCAACGACCUUUAUUUAAUUUCACGAAAACGUUAAGUAAAUCAAGACAAAAAGAGCCUAAAACAUUGCUAAUAUACUACUAGCGUUGUCCCGUUUUAGUUUAAUCCGCCGCGUUUAAUAACCGGGAAUAAGAAUUUAUGCAAAUGAAUCAAGUGUUCUACGUGAAGGAAGAACUUUCAAUAGAUUUCCAGGCGAAUUUUUUCAAUUGACCUCAAGUUUGAACAAAUGACCAAAAUGUAUCGAAUAAAACAUCUUUCUCUCAAAGCUCGCUUUGUUUAGAUCCAUUUCUACGCGAUAACAAAACGUUUUUUUUUUUUCUGUCACUUUAUAUGGUUUUAGAUACUUUAUUGCAUAUUAUUUGCACAGCGAUCGAAAAAAAUAUAUUAUAAUAAGCGUUAGAGCUAGGUAACGCGAUAAAGAUAAAGGCUGUUAUGCAUGUUCAACCUUUGGCCUCAUGGGCUAUUGACUCACAGUCCAUUCGGGCUCGAGGAAUCAUUGUCUUAGUAAAAUCCAACUAGUUGGUAAAAAAUAUCGAGACAAAACAACAUAAGCUAGCAAAACGCGAUUCAGCCGCUAUUGUUUUGGUUUUCAAAGGGGGCGCUUUUCGCUAAUAGUGGGCUAUAACAUAUAGUCUAGUAGUAACUCAACCAAUUAGAACGCAGCAUUGAUAAUAUACCACUAGUUGGAUUUUACUAAACAAUUUUAUCUUUUUCUCCCGAGAAAAAUGGUUGGUGCAUUUAGAUAGCUAUAAAAGGUUUAAUUUAUAUAGGCUUACAGCUCAGUGACAUAAUAUUGGCUUUUGCUCAUCAACUGGUAAAUGCAAGUAACGGUAGUAUAGUUCAAGCAAUUGAAAUUAUGCUUUAAAUUAUGUCCUGACAUGUUUGGGAUGCAAUAUUCUAUCACUUUGUGACUUUUACAGUUGUUAUGUUUUAAUUUGUGAAAAUGUAGCAUGUCCAUACAACCAAUACAACGAUGGCUCUUCAAGUUACUGCAAGGCUUGCCCUGCAAACUCAGGACAUAGUAUUAUUGGAAGCACUAGUGUGUCUGAUUGUACGUGUUUCAAAGGAUAUGCUGGGUCUCCACAGCAUGGUCUCUCAUGUACAGGUGAGAAUUUUGUCAACACGCACCAUUUUUUUGUCCCACUAUUUUCAGUAUAUAAAAGUGAUAAGAAAUUCUGAAAUGCUUAAAAUAUUUGAUUAAGAAUUUUUGUCCAGUAGAAGAUGACUUACGAAUAGAUUUAUCAUUGCAUCCUAACCAAAUGUAUAUAUUCACAACUGACAGUUUUGUUUAGAAACUACCCAUUCACGGUAUCAUAACAUAUAAAGAAAGGAAAAUCUGCUUUCAUCUGCUUGUUCGAGGCUUAAAUUCUGAAAGACAUUUUAAGUUGUUAACACACCUCCUCUUUUAAACAAUUAUAUUUCUUGAGGUCAAAAUCUCUGAAUUAAUCAAGAUGAAAGUUGGAUUAGUUGUUGAGUUGACUAGUGGAAAGAUAAUUUUUUUAAUCGGGUUAGCUAAAUGAAUAAAAGAUGGGGCUAAGCUAGCGAAGUCGGAUUUUGAUGUUAGUGAGAGUUCAGUUCAUAAGAGUAGACCAAUGUGAAAUAAUGACGUCAUUCUUCUGUUUUUGUCUCAUAUAGUUAGGUCAUGUGAAAAGUUGGCGCCCCCACAAAACGGCGCUUUUGUUGGUACCUGCAACUCUGUAUAUGAGUCAGUAUGUCGAAUCGAAUGCAAUGAAGGCUAUGAAUUAUUGGGCAGCGAAGAGAGGAAGUGCAUUGUGAGCGAAUAUGGUUUGAUGGACUGGUCAGGAAUUGCCUCCCAAUGCGUCGGUGAGAAAAUUAGACUGCGACUCAUAUUUAAUAAUCAUCGCGACCAUCACAAUACUUUUUUAAGGGUACUGACGCUUUCAAGUAUAUAUAUUCCUUAAAUAUAUUCUCGCAGCACAGGCUAAAAUAAGGGCGAUUUUCGUAUGACCUCAAAAUGAAAACGCUCGAACAAAACAGAAACAAUAAACAAGCGGAAAAAUCAAUCGAUAUUUCGCUUUGACGUCAUACUGCAACGCGAUUGGCCAAUCAAACAAUCCCAUUUCCAUAUUAGGGUUUUCUUUGGCGGGAAAACGGAGAGUCCAUGUUUUGAUCUUUUCAUCCAUUAGCUGAUAAAACAAAUGACGAACACUUACCGAAACCAUUCUUCAAGGUCAUACGAAAAUCGCUCUAAUAACAAAGAACUAUUUGUUAUUGAUCGCAAUGGAUGAGUUAGGCUGGGAGGUAAUUAUAACAGAUAAGAUCAAUUUGUAUUCAUUGCGCUACCUUGUCCUUAUGUUAUGACGCCGACUUGUUUCAUUUUGCAUUCAGAAUUAGGUAAUUUUUUAAACUAAAUUCAUGGAACUAGAUUUUUUGAAAAAAGAAAAAUGUUGGUGCUGAGGACCGCUCAUUUUCAACCUUCAGACUCUUUUAAGCCUGUUAAAGGAUUCCGGCUUCAAAAGACACCUUUUCAAGAUGUGAAAUAAGGAAAUUGUAAACCCUGAAAAGCGGCGCAUAGCCGAAUAGGCCAAAUAAGAGAGUGUCUACCCCCGGGAUAGAAGCAUGGUAUAUGGUUUUUUAAAAAUAAAUAACUGCUAAAUAUGAGCCUUCGCUUUUUCGAUGAUGUCGAAUGUCAAUUAAAAACCGAUGUAUUUUGAAACAAUUUUUUGUUGCAAACGUCAUAAAUAUAGCCUCCUACGCAGGCGUUUUCAGGGAGAGUUCGUGGGGAGGGAUGAAAGACGAACUCCCUUAAAAACGCCUGUGUGGGAGGCUAUCAAUCAAUCAACUUUUAUUUAAACACGGUAAAUGGCUCAGCAAGCUGGUUUUCAGACAUGCCGUGUGAUAAUUACAAUUUAUAAAAAUUAAGACUAGUGAUUAACUAACAAUACAGUAUAACAGCAAGAAAUGAGUAUUAAAGAAAUAAGAUAAAAACAUAAAUACAGAGACUCCUGCCUCGUUCCCAGUGUCGCUCGCCUGUUGUUUCUCGCUGCUUCCCACUUAGCCUUGGGAAGCCUGUGGAGAUGGCAGCAGAGACUCAAUAUCUUAAUAUUUUUUUUAGCCAUUAGAUGUCCUUUCCUGUUCGUACCAAACGCCUUCCCACCUGUUUGCUCAAGUUUUCUCCUGUCACCCGGAACUUAUUGCUCCUUCCGAUGCAAAGAUGGGUUCUAUAUGAAAGGCUCUGAGGUGCGCGUCUGUCAGCAGGACAAGUCGUGGACUGGGAGUCAAACAACUUGUGAACAGAAAGGUUUUUACAUAAAUCACAGAGCUCGAAAAAGUCUCUUCCGGUAG